AUGCUCCAAAAAAUGGCUUCAAAAUCCAUUCUUCUUCUAGGCAUUUUUCUUGUGGUGGCCACUAAGGUUUAUUCUUAUGAGGAAGAUCAUGUUUAUUCUUAUGAGGAAGAUCUCAAAAUAGUGGUGAACUAUGCAAACCCUUCAGCUCCUUCUGUUCUAGCUCCACCAGUAAAACCAUCACCAACACCUGUAGUGACGGCUCCAACACCUCCUUCUCCGGUGAAGACACCGCCAACAACUCCACCAUCACCUACUUCUCCUCCAUUGGCAAAAACACCACCUUAUCAAUACCACCCUGUUUCUUCCUUCAAUCCAUAA